GGUCACGCGCAAGACCGCAGCACGCAUCAUGCUCGAUUGCCGUUCUCCACGCGAGACGAUGUAGUGCGAGGUCCGUUGACUCUAAUUCGAAUUAUUUUUUCUCUCUAAGGAAUAAUUCUCGCCUUUUUCCGGAUCUCGAGUGCGAUUCAUAAAGCGGGAUCGUAAAAUUAUUUAUAUGCAUUUCUUUGAGAACGGCGACGCGGACUUUCGCCGCAUUUUGGAGCUUCAUUUCGCUGUCACCAAGCAAGGGUUUUAUGUCAAUUGCACCAUAUAUGGGCUGCGUCUUCCCGAGGCGCGGUCGAGUCAUUUCUCUCCAGUCAUUUCUUUUUUUGGCAAACGAAAAUCUGCCCAUGGGAUGUCGAAUGGAGGACAAUGAUCGAAUCGCCUUGAAAAGCGGAUUCAUUGAAUAAUUUUUCAAUUCUUCGUCCUCACGCUAAAUAAUUAGCGUUAUCUCAGUAUCUGGAGAUCAUUUCAUGAUCUGAUUCUCCUUUGAGCUUCGCCCGAAUGCACUUCAUGUCGACAAUGAUUGUGUCUGUCGAUAAUAUAAGUACAGUUAAGUUGUUGCAUGCCAGAAUAAUUCGCUCGCUGUCUGGAAUUCACGAGGAGGGAAGCUGAAAGAGGUGAAUGGGGAAUGCAACUAGCAGAAAAUAAUAAAUUUUCUGACAUUGUAAGGUGCUACAAAUUUUCCUUGAAUAUUUAUCCAAAUAAUCCUCGUAUGCUCAAUAAUUUUUCAGCACAUUUAUUAAGGAAUAACGAACCCAUAAGGGCAAUAGAAUAUUUAAAAAGAGCUUUGAAAGUUGAUGUUAACUUUCUACCAGCAGAGCGAAACUUGCAAAAUGCAUAUAGUAUGGCAGUAGACAGGUGGCAUUUCACAAUGCUCAAUGACAAGCAGAGAAAUAAUGCUUUCGAACAAGCCAUAAGAAAGAGAAUCAGUCAGGGCUAUGAUACAGUAUUGGAUGUAGGAACUGGUACUGGUCUUUUAAGUCUGUAUGCAAAAAGUGCUGGAGCCACAAAGAUUUAUGCAUGUGAAUGCUCUGAAGCAAUGACGUUGAUUGCAAAGGAAGUAUUUGAAUCUAAUAAUGCAACUGAUAUAAAAUUAAUACCGAAAUUAUCAUUUGAUCUUAAAGUACCUGAAGAUAUUCCAGAAAGAGUAAAAUUAAUAGUGACUGAAACGUUUGAUGCUGGCUUAUUUGGAGAACUUGUAAUACCAUCUAUGAUUAAUGUGCAUAUGAACAUUUUAGAUUUAAAUGGUAUGAUAAUACCUAUGGGCGCGACGGUCUAUGCAGCAGCUAUUGAAUGUGAAUAUAUUAGGUUUAGAUCAUCAGUGAUCUUUGACAAAAUAAAAGAUCACUGUCUGUUAAAUUUUAACAAAGUGUUUGUGCUGUCAGACGAUGAAUAUUACGAUACAGAAAAUCUGGAAAAAGUUCAAAUUAAUUAUGUUACAGAGCCACAGAUGCUCUUUAAUGUCAAUUUUAACAAUUUAAUAGAAUUGUGCGAAUUCUGCAAGGAUGGGAUAAAACAGAUGCUGCAAACAAAAUGUAAAUAUAAUGGUAUCAUAGAUGGUUUGAUCACUUGGUUCAAAUUACAUUUGGAUGAAGAGAUCACGCUAGAUUCCUCAGAUGGAAAAUCUUGCUGGCAAUUUGCCGUUUUUUCGACAAUACCAACCGCAUGCCACGAGGAUGAUAUCUUGACGAUAAAAGCAGAAACUUUUAAGGGCAAACUGAAAUGUUCCUAUGAUAUGAGCGAUGCGCGAUCGAACGAGAAUUAUACAGUUUAUCACUUGCCAAAAGAAAUAAUUGCUUUUCUGAAUGACUUUGAUUAUGUCAGAUUACUUACAGAAGUUGGUAAAUUUCAAGAGAAUAGAAAAAUGAAAUAUAUUUUAGAUACUUCACCUUUUCCGAUUUACGGGUUAACUCUCUUGAAGAAAUGUAAUGAUAGUGGAAUUUUAUAUUACAAAACUGAUAAUCCAAUAUUAUGUGCUUUAAUUGAGCAAAUAGCUCGUGAUAGUGGGCUACAUGGAAAAGUGCAUACAAUAUCGACCUAUAAGGAAAUUCCAUGUUCUCUAGAUUCCGUAUUUAUUCAUAAUUUUGACAUUAAAGGUGAACUGAAAGACGAUCAUGAUAGUUGUUAUAAAAUUUCUAGGAACUUACUUAAAACAAAUGGCGUGUUGUUACCGGAAAAGAUUUUCCUUAUGGGACAAUUAGUAUACUCGGAAGAUUUACCAAAUAUGGUUUAUGUACAAGAUGAAAAUGUCCAAAGAUCAUCUUAUUUAUUAAAUACUGUUUGUAACCAUACGAAUUUAGAUAGCGAAGAUUCUAUGUAUACACGGGAUAAUACAACCAAUAAAGUAAAUGAAAGUACAAAUUAUGUAAUUGCUGAAUACAUUAACAAAUAUAAGAUCAACCAAAUAUUUGAUUUGAAUUCGAGUUUAUAUUCAUGUGAGAUUAUGUCUGAGCCGCGAAUACUAAUAGAAAUAAAUGAAACAGAAACUACCGAAACAAUAGUGAAUUUUGGAAAAAUAAGUAACAAAAAUAGAAAAACUUUACCGAAUGCCUUAAUAUGCUGGUAUAAAGUUCAGCUAAGUCUACAUCACAUACAUGAUACAAAAAAGGAUGCUUUCAUGAAUCAUACUGCGAUUGUUUUUGAAGAUGAAUUUAAAGACAUUAUUUUAAGAAACCAGGAAAUAAAAAUUAAAAUCCAUCAAAUGAAAGGAUUAGUGAAAAUUGUAGUAUUAAAUGUGUAAAAGUUUACAAGAACAAAUUAUUUUACAAUUUUGUAAAAUUUUCUAUGGAAAACACAAUUUUUAUAAUAUAAUA